GGCCUUUUCAGACCCGCCAUUCAGAGCUGGAGAACCCCAAGCCGAGUAUUGGUCACAUCCGAACCGGGUCUUUCGGGAAACCCCGGAGCGCGGGGGCUUCUGGGCAAUAAUAUUUCCACGGCCGGUGUCUGCCUUGUUUGCGCAUGCGCCAUAGGCGCCACUCAAGUGGCAGGCAGGGAGGUGGGCGGGACUUCCGGCGCCUGCGCAGUGGACCUCCGUCUCCGGCCUCUCAAGUUUUGGGUCCCCAGGAGCACCCAGUUCUCCCCAAAUCGGGGCCGGGUUGCCUGAACUCAUGUCCCGACCGGUCUGACUGGCCCUACACAGGCCACAUCUGACUGGACCCCGCCCUUCCUGGUGCUCCCCUGGGCCCCAAGGGCCCCACUGCCGUGGGUCGUCCCCGCGGCACCCGCCAGUGCCCGCUGCACCCCUGCCUGCGCGGGUGCAGUUGGAGCCUGGGUUCGGCUGGAGGCGGGGGGCCCAAGGUGGGGACGCUGGGGGGGCGCGUGUGGCCCCCACGCCCGCCAGCCAGAGGGUAACUGCAGUUCGAGAAAUGAGCUAAAAAUGUCAGUAGUGUCUAAAGCCCGUGUCACUGAUUGUAAGAUAAGACCUGUGACAAAACGUGCAAAUCAAACAUUUUUUAUCAGUGAAAAAAGCAGAAAAGCCACUGGGCACGCUGGCUCACGCCUGGAAUCCAGCACUUUGGGAGGUGGAGGCAGGCGGAUCACUUCAGUCCAGGAGUUUGAGAUGAGCCUAGGCAACAUAGUGAGACCUACAUCUCUAUAAAGAAUCAGCCGGCGUGGUGGUGCACCUUCCAGCUACUCAAGAGGCUGAGGUGGGAGGAUCACUAGAGCCCAGGAGGUUGAGGCCGCAGUGAGCCAGAUCAUGCCACUGCACCCCAGCCUGGAUGGCAGAGUGAGACCCUGUCUCAAACAAAAAUCGGCCGGGCGCGGUGGCUCACGCCUGUAAUCCCAGCAUUUUGGGAGGCCAAGGCAGGCGGAUCACCUGAGGUCAGGAGUUGGAGACCAGUCUGGCCAACAUGGUGAAACCCUGUUUACUAAAAAUACAAAAAAUUAGCCAGGCAUGGUGGUGGUUGCCUGUAAUCCCAGCUACUCGGGAGGCUGAAGCAGGAGAAUCGCUUGAACCCGGGAGGCAGAGGUUGCAGUGAGCCGAGAUCGCGCAGCUGCACUCCAGCCUGGGCAACAGAGCAAGACUCCAUCUCAGAAAACAAGCAGAAAGCCUCCAAGAGCCUAUGGCUCUCAAGCAUCUUGGUCUCUGCUAAGAAGAGGCUCAGAGGCUCAGAAGCCCUGCCUCAGCUGGGGCUUUGAGGUGUGUGAGCAAUGGCUGGGGACUGCAGGCCUGGGAAUCUGAGGGCCUCACCCCACUUCCUUUCCAGAGCCGUGACCUCAGGCUCACCUCCUGCCCUCCUCUCGGGCAAGCUGCAGAUGCCCUUUAGGGCCCAGGCCAUGCCCCGGAUGUGAGGGGCUGAGUCACUGGUUUGGCAGUGCCCCUCAGAGCCCAGGCCUGGGCUGCCACCCACCUGAGGACGAGGGCUGGGCCAGCUGUCGUGCUCCAGUUGCUGGGGCCUCUUGGGAUCUUGGGAACCCCAUCUCUGAGCCCCACCCCAUGGCCCCGCCCCUCCCAAGGAGGGAAAAGGCGGCUGCCAGUCGCUCAACUCAGGCACUGGGACCUAGAGCUCAGAAGACCGAGAGGACAGACUGCCGUGUUGCCACCACAGGCUGGACCAUGGACCACCAAGAGAUGGUCGUCAAGAACCCAUAUGCCCACAUCAGCAUCCCCCGGGCUCACCUGCGGCCUGACCUGGGGCAGCAGUUAGAGGUGGCUUCCACCUGUUCCUCAUCCUCGGAGAUGCAGCCCCUGCCAGUGGGGCCCUGUGCCCCAGAGCCAACCCACCUCUUGCAGCCGACCGAGGUCCCAGGGCCCAAGGGCGCCAAGGGUAACCAGGGGGCUGCCCCCAUCCAGAACCAGCAGGCCUGGCAGCAGCCUGGCAACCCCUACAGCAGCAGUCAGCGCCAGGCCGGACUGACCUACGCUGGCCCUCCGCCCGUGGGGCGCGGGGAUGACAUCGCCCACCACUGCUGCUGCUGCCCCUGCUGCCGCUGCUGCCACUGUCCCCCCUUCUGCCGCUGCCACAGCUGCUGCUGCUGUGUCAUCUCCUAGCCCAGCCCACCCUGCCAGGGCCAGGACCCAGACUUCAGCAAAUGUGGCUCACACAGUGCCCGGACAUUCGGGGUGGCUGUUGUCAUGGGCAUCUGCCCCUUCACACCAGGCACUGGGGCUCAGACCCACCAGGAAGGUGGCCGUUCAGCCCGAGCUCCUGAAACGGAAUCCCAGGUCCUGGCUGGAGAGGGACACCCCUGAUUACCUUAAGGCCCAGGCAAUAAAGCAGGGUGAUCUUCCUCCCAGCAA